GCUGUUUUCACACCCCGCCCAUCAUCAGCCGAGGAUGGAUAGUUCUAAUAGUGACCUGCCGUGACCGGUGGCGACCCCUCACCCACCGACUGGUGCAGGUCAUCUCUAAAAACAUGCAGAGCGGUAGUUGUGAGCCGCGCGGGCCCGCUCAUCCCGGGAUUUUCCCAACCGGCGAGGCCGGGAAGAGCGACCACCAGCCGGCGGACCACAGCAUGGACUUCCCGGUGUCUGUGGUUCUUCCUGCCGGUGGUACCGGAGAAAGAACCGGGCUACAGACGCCAAAACAGUUCUGCUCCUUUCUGGGUCGGCCGCUCAUAAGCUACACCAUCCAGGCUUUUGAAAGGGUGUCGUGGAUUCAGAGCAUCAUGGUUGUUGUUGCCAAAGAAAGCAUGGACCUGAUGACGGACAUCAUCCAGCGCUUCCAGCACAGGAAGGUUCGAGUGGUGCCAGGCGGCUCGACUCGACACAGGUCGAUAUGUAACGGAGUCCUGGCUCUGGGCGAGGGGGACGAGGAGAGGCCGAAGGUGGUCAUCAUCCACGAUGCCGUGCGGCCGUUUGUGGAGGAGGACUUUCUCUACAAGAUAACAAUGGCUGCUAAGGAACAAGGGGCAGCAGGAGCUAUCCGCCCGCUCGUUUCCACAGUGAUCGCCACCACCUCAGAGGGUUACCUGGAUCAUUCUCUGGAGCGAGCAAAGUACCGAGCCAGCGAGAUGCCUCAGGGAUUCACAUAUGAUGUCAUCUAUCAAGCCUAUCAGAGGUGCAGUGAGUCAGACUUUGAGUUUGGCACCGAGUGUCUCCAUCUGGCUCUGCAGUACUGUGGCACCAAUGCCAAGCUCAUCCAGGGUCCGCCAACACUGUGGAAGGUAACCUACAAACGGGAUUUGGCUGCUGCAGAGUCCAUUAUCAAAGAGUCUCUGUCGCAGUCGGCGUGUGUUAUCACAGGUGGAUCUGCACAAGCUGUCACACUGGCUGAAGCUCUUCAGAAGGCUGCUGGAGCUCUCGACAUGGAGCUGGAUGUCAUUCCAGAUCUGAUGGGAGAAAACGUCAGAUAUCUGUUGAAGGAGUGGAACUUCAUCCAGGUUUCUGUCAAUCCUUCUUCCCUGUCUGAAGUGGAGGCCAUACUGACGGAUUUGGAGGCAGCAAAUCGGGCUCUUCUUCACCCGCUGGUUGUGAUUUGGGUGCAUUUGAGCAUUUCAGAUGAGCUGUCCGUCAGCGGUAGAGCGGUGGAGCAGGCAGCUAUCAUGGACCUGGCCUCUAAGGCUGCUAAGCUCCAUAAUAUUCUCCUCUAUGGCAUCCAGCUUCAUCAGUCAAAGGAUAGUGAAUGUUGGGAGAGGUCAGUGUUGAGGGUCGCUGAGAUCACAUCAGCCCUGAUCCGGGACAGGAGCCCCGCCCUGGUGGGACAGCUUCUGCAGGCCUGAAGGAAGGCAGCAGCAGCAGAAAGUCCCCUCAGUGUGACUCAUGGACACUGCAGGGAUGAGACAGUGUUUCUGCUCUGAAUCCAUCCAUGUCAAUUACAGCUAGGUUAAAGGGAUUCUCCCACAAUGUACUCCUGCACUUCCAUAAAGGGUGGGGACUUUGAACCUAAAUUCGACAAUCCUACACUUCCCAUAAUGCAACUCAGAAGUGUCUCAUUUAAUCCUCCCUGUCUGUUGAACCACCCAUAUCUUUAAAAUGCAUUGGCUCUGCUGUUAUUCCAUUGAAACCAGGCUUUCUGAUAAAAACAUGUUGUGGCAGUGAAAGAUGGUCUUUACUAUAAUCAAUCUAUCAAACUUUUCUAAAAUAAGUUCUGGCGUGAAUCAGUGGCAGAUGAAUGGAGAUGAUUGGGGCCAGGUAGGAGAAAAAAUAAGAGAGGGACACUAUUUUUUAUUUGUGUUGGGUAAAGUUGGAGAGAGCUUCACAGAUUAAUUGUUCCCGUGUCAAUGAGUCAUCAGAGGAGCAUUGAUUUCUUUCCAAACAGUUACUGCAGCUACAACUGAAGCCUGAUUUUCAUCAAUGUUCUAAAUUGAGCAAUAACCACAAUAUUUAAUGGUAGAACUAAAAUCCCCCGACAUAUAAAUGAGCUAUUCUUGGUAGUAGCUACUAUGACUAUUGUUUUGGGAAAAUCAGAUAUUAUGUAAUUUAUGUGAUUUUUUUUUUAGACAUAUAUUAGACGUGUUGAGGAUUAUCAGGUUGUAGCUUGUCAUUUCAACUUUUCUCUGCCUAUUGAUUUUUUGGUAACACUUUAUAUUAGGGAACACAUAUUCAACAUUAAUUAGUUGCUUAUUAGCAUGCAAAUAAGUAACAUAUUGGCUCUUAAUUAGCCAUUAUUAAGUAGUUAUUAAUGCCUUAUUCUGCAUGACCUUAUUAUACAACCAGUAAGCCAUUAAUUAAGAGUUUUCCCUCAAUAACCUCAGAAUUAUUGCUUAUUAGUAGUAAGUAAGGAAGUUGUUGAAACUUCCUUACUUAUUACUUACUGGGUCACUGGUAGACUAACAUUGGUGCAAAGUGACCCACUUUGUAGAGUAAUGAUUGACAUUACAAUCUACCAAUCCUCAUCCAAUCAUCCAAAAGGAGCCACCAGUCAUGUUAAAGGUCUGGAGAAGAUGAAGGUGUUUGCUAUUUGCCGUUUCCAUGGUUUCGUUCACCGCUAUGUAGAGACUUAUAAAGUCCAUAUAAAGUAAAGCAUAUUAAGAUAGUAACUCUCAUACUUCCUUACUACUAAUAAGCAAUACUUCUGAGGUUAUUGAGGGAAAACUCUUAGUUAAUGUCUUACUGGUUGUAUAAUAAGGCAUUAAUAACUACUUAAUAAUGACUCAUUAAGAGCCAAUAUGUUAUUUAUUUGCAUGCUAAUAAGCAACUAAUUAAUGUUGAAUAUGUGUUCCCUAAUAUAAAGUGUUACUGAUUUUUUUCCCUCUACCUGGACCUUAACCUCUUCUGUACAGUUUUGUCUUCUGUCCACAUUAGCUAAAAAAAGCAUCCCCAUAUCUGCAGUCAUGUCACUGAUGGAGCUUUAUGAACAUAUCCUAAAGAUGCUACAUGUUUUUUGUUUGUUUGUUUUUUCCCCCCAUUAAAUUAGAGCCCCUAUGCUUUGGAUUUCAAACUUUCUUGCAUUGAAGACACAACGGUGCACAACACAUGCAUUCAUAUAAAAAUCUAACACAAAUGGGCUUCAAACAGAUGAGACCAUCGUGGAUCACAGUGAGACCGGCAACCUGCACGUCUGCCAGUUGAUUGAGGAGCGUUUAGGGAGCUGUUGAAGAGUUAAAGUGGCUCUACACGGAAUCCAGAGCGUAUUGAUUGAGAUCAGCGAUAACCACAGUGUGAGAGCAGAGCAGCAGCGACUGGGACACACACAUGGACUCACGCAGAGAUCAGACCGGCUACCACAACAAUGUUGUUAUUUGUUGUCAACAAAAAACAAAGAAAAGUUGUUUACUGUCAUAGAAAUGUUCUGAAUGUCCUGUAUGUAACUGUGUCAUAACCACUGGAUGUUGUUCAUGAUCAUGACUGAAACACUAAUAUGUAAUAAGAGGUUGCUUAUAUUUUUAUACUCCAUUAAAACUGCUUAUUUAAAACUGGCAUGAUAAAA